UGGUAGUGGGCAUCCAGCAGUAAUGCAAUAAUACAAUGCUGGACACUCCUGUUGCCAACCGGAACCUCUUAUACUUAAGAAGCUGAUGGGGGAAUGCAUGGAGCUGGCUGUCUAGAGAGUGGGCGGCUGGUUAGAUGCUACUCUAAGGUGAUGGAUCAUCAUGUGGACACCAGUACACAGACGGACCCAGUGGUGGUUCUGUCGCUGGCCCAGGCCGCCGUUCUGGGCCUCAUCUCCCAGAACGAAGUGUUUGGUGCCACCAUCGCCCCCAAUGGCUUCUACAUGGGAGAUACCAAAGAAUCUCCUGCCCCUGGGAUGGACGCACCCUAUGAGUACGCCGAUCAGCUCAUCGGUGAUAACGGCGACUACCUGGAAGAGCCCAGCCAUGAAGCGGAGGGCCUUAUCCAGGCCUCACCCCUGGUCAGAGAGGGGGUGCAGUCAGAGGGAUUUGAGAGCAGGGCUAUUGGGGACCCACCAGGCAAUCUCCUGGGGUGUGAAGCCCAAGUGAAAGGGGAGGAGGUGCCGGAGCCUAAAUUGUUGCAACCCCCUUGUAUUCACACGUUUAAUGGCCUGGUCUCAAGAGAUGGUGUACAGCUGGUAGAUCCGUCCAGCUACCGGGUGACUCCAAAGGAGGAACACCCAAAUAACUGCUGUCCUGAAUGUGAGAGGGACGGGAGAAGCCGGCCAGGAGGGACACGGCCAGAAGAGGCUCCCCAAGGGGGCCAAGCAGAGGUGGAGGAGGUUCAGGUUCAGGUUCAGAUUCAGGAGCAGCAGCAGCAGCAGCAGCAGCAGCAGCAGGAGGAGGAGCAGGAAGAAGAGGAGGAAGAGGAAGAGCUGGCAGAAGAGGAGGAGGAAGAGGAAAACCAACCCCUCAAAUCUGGAGAGGCGGGAGACAGCCCAGAGAUGAGCCGGUACUUUGAGUCGAGCGAGGUGGGAUAUGAGUCUGGGGCGAUGGGGGGUCCGGGUGACUUUGAGGAGAACAGUCAGGGCCUGGUAUGGGCGGAACCUGGGGAAGUGGGCGAGGAGGGCCAGCCCAGCGGGCGUCGUGUGCAGAUAGACCGGCUGGACAUCAACGUUCAGAUCGACGAGUCUUACUGUGUGGACGUGGGAGAGGGCCUUCGGCGCUGGAAGUGCCGCAUGUGCGAGAAGUCAUACACCUCCAAGUACAACCUGGUCACCCACAUCCUGGGCCACAACGGCAUAAAGCCACAUGCCUGCCCGCACUGCGGGAAGCUCUUCAAGCAGCCCAGCCACCUGCAGACCCACCUGCUCACCCACCAAGGCACCCGCCCACACAAAUGCUCCGUCUGCAAGAAGGCCUUCACCCAGACCAGCCACCUGAAGAGGCACAUGCUGCAGCACACCGACAUCAAGCCCUACAGCUGUCGCUUCUGCCGCCGCGGCUUCGCCUACCCCAGCGAGCUGCGGGCGCACGAGACCAAGCACGCCAACGGCCGCUGCCACGUGUGCUCGCAGUGCGGCAUGGAGCUACCUAGCCUGGCGCACCUGAAGCGGCACCAGACCAGCCACCAGGGCCCCACCACCUAUCAGUGCUCCGAGUGCAACAAGUCCUUCGCCUACCGCAGCCAGCUGCAGAGCCACCUGCAGAAGCACCAGGCCGUCCGACCCUUCGUUUGCACGGACUGCGGCAUGGAGUUCAUCCAGAUUCACCACCUCAAACAGCACAUGCUCUCGCACAAGGGAAUUAAGGGUUUCAGGUGUGAUGUGUGCUCACGUGAGUUCACCCUGUCGGCCAACCUGAAGAGGCACAUGCUGAUCCAUGCCAGUGUGCGCCCCUACCAGUGCCACGUCUGCUUCAAGACCUUCGUCCAGAAACAGACACUCAAGACGCACAUGAUCGUACACCUGCCUGUCAAACCCUUUAAGUGCAAGGUGUGUGGGAAGUCCUUUAACCGAAUGUACAACCUGCUGGGACACAUGCACCUCCAUGCAGGCAGCAAGCCCUUCAAGUGCCUGUACUGCUCCAGCAGGUUCAACCUGAAGGGCAACCUCAGCCGGCACAUGAAGGUCAAGCAUGGCAUCUCCGACACCUCCCCGGACGGCCAAGAUGUUCUUCCUGAAAUGGAGGGCCAGGAGGACUACGAGGAGAACUUUGACUUUGCGGGACGUGAAAACCUUGCUGGAAACAAUGCACAAGAAAUGGCCAAGCUCUCUGAGGAGGCCAUGCAGGACAUGGAAUACUACAACUUCAGCAAGGACACGGAGCCUUACAACACAGCAUGAAGCAGCAAGCACACUGGAGCAGUGUGAUGGAAAAUAAUAGAACAUAUUUUUUUAACACCAGCACUGGCUGUUACAGGCACUGGAUGGCCGUGUAGGCCCAGGAUGGUACAAUAACUACUCUGUCCUAAAUGGAGCUCCUGCAGGGAGAAAAUUGUGGACCAGAGAAGCCAUUUUGAAUCCAUUUCUUGCUACACAAAAGCUAGAAAACAGUCCCUUGGGGCAAUGGUAGUGCUUUAAUUGAUUCCACUGAAGUUUAACUGAAGCUUUAAGGAGAAGCCUAGUGGCUGAAUCUUUGAUUAGCUGUGGUGUGUAUACACACUCGCACAUGUAUUUAUUAGACUUAUUCUUUAGACUUAUUGGUCUUCUGGUACUGUAGCCAAUCCAUGUUAAGGACCGAUGAGUUGUGUGUUCAGAGAUGCUCUUUUGCAUACCACUGUUGUAACGGUGGUUAUUUCAGUUACUGUCACCUUCCUGGCACCAACAAAUAUUUCACGGUUAAAGUAGCUUCUGAUGUUUGGUCUGAAAAACAGCUGAACCUCUUGACUAUGUCUACAGGUUUUUAUUCUAGUUGCAAGCACAUCAUUGACUGAUUAGAUAUUUGGAUUAACAAGCUGGUGUACAUGUCUACCUAAUAUAUAUAUCUAUAUAUAUAUAUAUAUAUAUAUAUAUAUAUAUAUAUAUAUAUAUAUAUAUAUAUAUAUGUAUAUAUGACCUGCUCUAUGAAAAUCAAACUAAUCAAAAUAAGAGAAUGUAAGCUUUCUAACGAUACCAAAGUUAUCUCCAGAUAUCAAGGGAGUUGUCCCAUUUUAUUUUGAGUGGCACCAAACCAUGUUUUUGAGAAAAAUGGCUUUAAAGUUUUUUUGCAGGAGAGAAGUGAGGCUGGGAGACUACUGACACUGGGCUAACAAAAAUCCAGGGCUAUAACUUGUCAUCUUAUGUAUAAACCCUUUAAAACUAUACUUUUACUCUGAACAUUUACUUUUGACAUUAAAACAUACAGACCAUGAAAGCAAAUACAUUAGCAUGUAGCCACGAACGCAACUGACGUGGUUGUUUGUGAUUGUUGAACAGUGGUAAGCUGGCUAGCCUCUAAACAAUGCUCAAAUCGGUGCUACUUUCACUUUGAUAUCUUGCUUCUAAACGCUUAAAAACUUUUUUUUUUUUACUCUGAAUGUGUCAUUAGGACAUGCAGAUUAUGAGUGGCAAGAUAUUGUUCUCCAAAAUGAACAUUUAAAAAAAAGAUUUAUAUGAACAUCGAUUUAUGUGAAAUUGGCCGUCGCAACUUACGACUAUGAUAGAACAGGUCACAUGUACCAAAUUAAGUGCUCACUGAAUGUGUGGGUAUAUAUCCAAACACACACACACUCAGUGAUCACUAUAUUUUUGUUAGACCUCUACACCAGCUUGUUAAUGCAAAUAUCAAAUCAUAUAGGCAACUCAGUGCAUAAAAGCAUUUAACAUGGCCAUGAGGUUCAGUUGCUGUUCACACCAAAAACAGAAUGGGAAAGCAAUGUCAUCUAAGUCAGAGUAUCUUAGAAACCACUGAACAGUCCCUAGUGUGAACAAAUAAGGGAUGCUUAAGCAAAAAACAAAAAACAUCCAGUGAGUGACCAUUCUGUGGGCAAAAAUGCCUUGUUAAUGAGAGAGGUCAUGUUACAACAGCAGUAUGCAGAAGAGCAUCUCUGAACACACAACACAUCAAACCGUGUAGUGGAUGGGCUACAGCAACGGAAACAAAUAAGUCAAAAUAAAUAAAUGGUCAAUAAAUGGUCGCUGAGUGUAUACAGUGAGGACCGUAAUUUCAUACAAUUCUCUUUCUGUCCUGGUUAGAUCUGGUUUGCUCUCUUCUUUCGAGACAGUAGUGCACACCUUUGUAUGGAAUUCUCAGUUUCUUGGCAAUGUCACACAUGGAAUUACUUAAUCUCCCAAAACAACAGUUGACUGAUGAGUUUCUAGAGAAAGCUGUAUCUUUUUGGCCAUUUUUAAACCAAAAUGGAACUUUAGAAAUGCCAGUGUACUAGAUAGUGUAGCAGCUGAAAUAAAUAUAUUUUUGGCUUCAUUAAACACCACAGUUGUUUUCAACAGCACUUAAUAUAAUGGGAGUGGUUUCUCUAGUACCAAAUUGGCACAUUAGCAUGAUUACUUAAGGAUGAGGUAACAAAGUGUGCUGUUGGUACACUGGAGCAAUGGCAGCUGAGAAUUAGGCUUUGCAAUCAUGUAAAGAUUGAAUUAAAAAAGUUAUUUCAAAAAGUAAUUGUAAUUUGUAACAUUAUCAAUGUCUUGGCUGUAUUUUUGAUCAAUUUAAUGCAAUUUAAUGUUAUUGCUACCUUGGUAAAUAAAAGUAUCAAUUUCUUUCACAAGAUUGCAAUGAUGAAUAAAAGGCCCACGUUCAUAGUGUGCUAUAUUGCAAAAAAUUGUGUGGUGAAUCAAUAGGCUCCAAAUUAGGUUGCUGAACGCAGGUGUUUAAGUUCUUACAUAAUCUUUUAUUGACAGUGCAGGUUUGGCUCAUCACUUUCUUAGUACUUGAAUACUUCGUACAUUAUCUACCAAAUGGUUCGUUUUCAUGUCCACACUUUCACCAAUUAGGAACCUGUUGAUUUAACUGUGUCUUUAAUAAUGUCUUUAUAGAAUUAUUUGCAAUAUAGCACAAAGUGAAUAUGGGAUUUUUAUUCUUCAUUGCAUCCAUAGCUAUUUCUGUUGUGACUUCAGAGGGUAAAUAAUCCCUGGAAACAUGACAAGUACAAGAUUUUUAAUAAUUAACAGCUUGCUAACAUUCUGAGAUUGCGUUUUGGUUGGAAUAUACACAGGAGGCUGCCAGGACAGAGUUUGGGAACCACUGGUCUAAAGUGUUGCCAACUCUGACGCUGUGAUGAGACAGGCUCUCACACUACCCAAACACAUCUCGCAUCGAAUAAAGAGAGUGAACUAAAAACAAAGCAUGUCCCUCAUUAAACACAUGAUCAAGAUCAUCUGUCAGCUCCUCAAACUGAGAUUUAAAGCUAGAUUUUGCCGUCACGACUGCAGGCUGUGUUUUCUCAUGACCAAAAGCAACACUUCCAAUAUUUACGCCUGCUUGGACUUUAUAGAUCUCAGACCUAUAGCAUUGUGUUCCCUUUGGGUCCCCUUUGGCAUUUUCCAAAUUCCUUUAAAAUAAAUUCUGGUGAGAACUC